CUCCAGGUGGUGCGCGCCAUCCGCAACCGCGGGCACUUCGCCGCGAGGCUCGACCCGCUCGGUCGGUCGCUCGGGCCGCUCCGUGAGGGCUACGAGGCCAUGGAGACGUCCUACUUGGGCCUCCACGACGUCGACCCCGAUCGAAAGUUUUACUUCGGGAACGAGUGGUGGACGCUGAACGAAGUCCUGACGCGGCUGCAGACGAUAUACUGCGGGACGCUGACCGCGGAGUUUCAUCACAUCGCGAGCGCGAGGAAGAAAGCGUGGCUGCAGGCGACGCUGGAGGGCGAGACCGAGGGGAAAGGGCACUGGGUGAGCGCGCGCGACCGAAGAGAGGUGCUGCGGCGGCUCAUCUCCGCGGACGCGCUCGAGCGGCUCCUCGCGCGGUCGUUCCCGUCCGCGAAGCGGUUCGGCGUGGAGGGCGCGGAGACGCUGAUUCCCGGGUUGCAGGCUGUCGUCGACGCGGCGGCGACGCACGGCGUGGAGAGCAUCGUGAUGGGCGUGGCGCAUCGAGGGCGUCUGAAUAUUUUGAACAACGUGUUUCGAAAGCCCGUCGGCGCGAUCUGCGCGGAGAUGCGCAGCGAAGGGACGUCGUCGUUCAACGUCGGGGACGUGCGGUAUCACUUGGGGACGCGGACGGUCGUGCGCGUCCCCGAGAGACCCGACGAAGAGGCCGGCGGCGGAGAGAUGGAAUUGUCCAUGGCCCCGAACCCCUCGCACCUCGAGGCGGUCAACGCCGUCGUGACCGGGAUGGUCCGCUCGAAACAGAUGAGACGCGACGCGCGCAGAGGCGGCCGCUCUCGAACCGCGCAGGGCGCGGUCAUGGGCCUCAUCAUCCACGGCGACGCGGCGUUUUGCGGCCUCGGCGCCAACGCAGAGGUGAUGCAGCUUCAAGACUUGCCGGACUACACCACCGGCGGCACCGUGCACAUCGUCGUGAACAACCAGAUCGGCUUCACGACCGUCCCGCGUCGCGCGCGGUCGUCGCCGCACCCGUCGGACGUCGCGAAAGGGUACGGCGCGCCGAUAUUCCACGUCAACGGGGACGAUCCCGAGGCUGUCGUCCGCGCGUGUCGCCUCGCCGUCGCGUACAGGGCGGAGUGCCGCGCGGACGUCGUCGUCAACUUGGUGUGCUACCGCCGGUACGGCCACAACGAGCAGGACGAUCCGUCCAUCACGCUGCCGCUGCGGUCGAAGGCGAUCGAGAAUCACCCGAGGGUGGUGGACGUCUUCGCGAGAAAGCUCGUGGCCGCGGGCGACAUCGGGGAGGAGGAGGUGGAGCGGUGGAGGCGAGAGACGGAUGAGAAAUUCCGCGCCGAGCACGCGGGCGCGGCGGCGCACGUCGAGAGCCCCGAGGAUUGGGUCGUGUCGUCGUGGAAGCGACCGGUCGACCCGGUCAACCCGAGGGCGAGGGUGACCGGCGUGCCGUUGUCGUUGCUUCGCGCCAGCUAUCAUAAGAACAGUCUGUUCCCGCGCGACUUCGAGCCGCACCCUCACGUGCGGAAGCUUCUGUCGCAGCGCAAGGCGAUGGUCGACGAGCAAACGGGCGUGGACUGGGGCACCGCGGAGCUCUUAGCGUUCGGGACGCUGCUAACGCACGACGGCGAGGGCGAGAUCGAAAAUAACGGAUCUUCUGAAGGCGUUACCGACACGAAAGGGGACCCGAAGCCGCACUGCCACGUGCGCCUGAGCGGCCAAGACGUCGAGCGAGGGACGUUCAACCACCGCCACUCCGUGCUGUACUGUGCGCGGUCGUCGCGAGGGCACGUCCCGUUAAACAACCUCGGCCUCGGCCCGCAAGACGCGUUCAUGGUAUCGAACUCGCCUCUGAGCGAGCACGCGAUCCUGGGGUUCGAGUACGGCUUCAGCGUCGACGCGGGGCCGUCCGCGCUCGUGCUGUGGGAGGCGCAGUUCGGCGACUUCGCGAACAACGCGCAGUGCGUCGUGGACCAAUUCAUAACCACGGGCGAGGCGAAGUGGGGCCAGCGAAGCGGCCUCGUGCUUCUGCUUCCGCACGGGUACGACGGUCAAGGUCCAGACCACAGCAACGCGCGCCCGGAGCGAUGGCUCGCCGCCGCGAACGACGACGCGGACACGCUGCCGGGGCGGUCGCCCAAGGACUACUUUCACGCGCUUCGCCGGCAAGCGCUCGCGUCGCAUUUGAAGCCGAUGGUGGUGUUCACGCCCAAGUUUUUGCUGCAUCACCGCCCGUGUCAGUCGAGCUUGAGCGAUUUCGGCCCGGGGACGCGAUUCCACGCCGUCAUCGGCGACGGCGACGACGGAGACAACACGAAGAAUAACGCCUCGAGUGAUGGCGUUACCAAAGAAAACCACUCCACUCGCGACGACCGCGACGUCCGACGCGUCGUCGUCUGCACCGGGAAGAUGUUCUACGCGCUGCAGCAAGCGCGUAAACGACGCGGGCUCGAGAAGGAAAUCGCGCUCGUGCGCGUGGAACAGCUGGCGCCGUUCCCUCACGGCGCGCUCGCGUCGCGCCUGGGUAAAUACCCCGACGCGGAGAUCGUGUGGUGCCAAGAGGAGCCGAAGAACAUGGGGUGGUGGCCGUUCGUGCAGCCGCGCAUAAACACCGCGGUGCGGGAUCUUCUCCUCGGCGGCGGCGGCGGGCGGACGGCGCGGUACGUCGGGCGGCCGUCCACGGCGUCGCCCGCGACGGGUAGUCAGUCGAUUCACGCGCUGGAGAUGAAGAGCAUCGUGCAGGAGGCGUUGCGGGGGGUCACGGAGUUUCCGACGAAAUACGCGGGACCGUACGGGGGCGGCGGCGGCGGCGGGUGA